AUGCAGUUUAUAUGGGGACUGAAAAGCGCCUUGUCGGUUCUGAACCCGCAUCACCCGCACCAGCAGCAUCGCCAUAAGGGGCCAAAACGACCAGACACCAACAUUGCUGAUGACGUCACUCAGCUCAUCGGUCGCACGCCCAUGGUGUAUCUGAACAAACUGGCGGAGGGGUGUGUGGGGAGCAUAGUGUGCAAGCUGGAGGGCAUGGAGCCGUGUGGGAGCAUUAAGGACCGCGUGGGGUACAGCAUGAUUGCAGACGCAGAGGAGAAAGGGCUGAUCAAGCCAGGCAAGAGCGUGCUGGUGGAGCCAACGUCGGGCAACACGGGCAUCGGCUUGGCGUUCAUAGCAGCGGCGAGGGGCUACAAGCUCGUCCUCACCAUGCCCGCCUCCAUGAGCCUCGAGCGCCGCGUGCUGCUCAAGGCCUUCGGGGCCGACCUCGUCUUGACGGACCCCGAUGAGGGCAUGAGGGGGGCCAUCAUUAAGGCCAAGGAGAUUGUGAGUCACUCCAAACAUGCCUUCAUGCCUCAGCAGUUUGAGAACGAAGCCAACACCAAGAUUCACUUUGAGACGACAGGGAGGGAGAUUUGGGAGGACACAGAGGGGCGAGUUGAUGCGGUGGUGUGCGGUAUUGGCACUGGCGGCACAGCCAUGGGCGUGGGGCAAUAUCUUAAGAGCAAGAAGCCGAGUGUCAAGAUAAUUGCAGUGGAGCCUGAGGAGUCAAAUAUCCUGUCAGGUGGAUACCCAGGACCACACAUGAUCCAGGGCAUUGGAGCGGGGUUCAUUCCGAGCAUUUUGGAUGAGAGCAUGAUCGAUGAGGUCAUCGCGGUCAGCAGUGAUGACUCGAUCCAGAUGGCACGCCAGCUGGCACUCAAAGAGGGCAUGCUGGUGGGCAUCUCCUCUGGUGCGGUGGUGGUUGCUGCGAUCGAAGUUGCGAAGCGGCCUGAAUAUGCUGGAAAAAUGGUGGUGGCCAUUCUGCCAAGUUUUGGCGAGAGGUAUUUAUCGACUGCAUUGUUUGCAAAUAUAUGGGAGGAGUGGCGCAUCGCGGGAGGUUCUCCGCCUCUCCUAGCAGACACUGCGCGAUUCUUCGCUUCCGCUUCCGCUUCCGCAAUGGAAGCGCUUCGCCAUCCGCACUGCGCCGCGCUUGCUUCCCCGUGGCUGCGCCCAGACGCGCGCGCACUGCUGCGCAAACCCGCGGGCGCGCGCGGGUCGGAACGGCAUGUGCGCAAUCCGCCGGUUCGCGGAGUGCGGGCGGAUGCCAGCCGCGCGGGGAGCGAGUCGCGCGGAAAGUGCGCGGACUUGGCGGAGCAAGGGGGAAACGGCGUGACGAGACGAGCGCUCCUCUCGUCCGCCCUCCCCCUCUCCGUCGCGCUGCUCGCGCCCCCUGCUCCCGCAGUCCCAGCCCUGGGCGAUCCUUCAGUCACCAUUGCUGACGUCACCCGUGACGUCACGCCAGCUGGCAAACUGCCUGCUGCUGAGGAGGCAACAGUAUCCCUUUUCGAACGCACCACCUACUCGGUCGUGAACAUAUUCGACGUGACUCUACGGCCAAGCAUGAACACCACGGGGCAGGUGGAGGUGCCGGAGGGGAACGGGUCGGGAGUGGUGUGGAACAGCGACGGUUACAUUGUUACCAAUUACCACGUGGUUGGGAGUGCACUCUCGCAAAACCCCCCUGCUGGGCGGACUAUUGCCAGAGUCACCCUGCUCGGGACAGACGGCUUUCAGCGCAAUCUGGAGGGAGUGCUGGUGGGGGCUGACCGGACCAAAGACCUGGCAGUACUCAAGGUCUCCGCCCCUCCCAACCUCCUCCGCCCGCUCCCCCUCGGUGACUCCUCCUCCCUGCGAGUGGGGCAGCGGUCCUAUGCCAUCGGCAACCCCUUUGGCUUUGACCACACGCUCACAGCGGGUGUUUUGAGUGGGGUGAAUCGAGACAUAUACAGUGCAGCAGGCGUGGUGAUCGCAGGGGGCGUGCAGACAGACGCUGCCAUCAACCCCGGCAACAGUGGCGGCCCGCUGCUUGACUCAUCUGGAAGGCUCAUCGGAAUCAACACGGCCAUCUACACCAACACGGGCACAUCUGCUGGCGUGGGAUUCGCCAUUCCUGUAUCAGCGGUGGCGCGCGUGGUUCCCCAGAUCAUCCAGUAUGGCAAGGUGAUUCGCCCAACGCUAAACGUGCAGCUGGCGGCUGACGGCAUUGCCAGGCAGCUGGGUGUUGCAGCGGGAGCACUGAUUCUUGGGGUGAAGCCGGGUUCAGCAGCAGCCAAGGCAGGAGUGACGGCUACCAGGAGAGGCUUUGCAGGCAACAUUGUGCUGGGAGAUGUGAUUGUGGCCAUUGAUCAAAGCACUGUGAAAAUGGCUGCUGAUGUGGACAAGGCCCUUGAUGACCUGUCAGCGGGUCAAACAGUAUCGCUUCAGUUAUUGAGAAAUGGUGAGAAGGUGACGGUGCAAUUUCCUCUUGAAGAGUCUUCAUAA